UCAGCAUCCCCUAACACUGACUUUAUUGUACAACCCAGCGGCCUGCGGGCGGCAGACCUCGACCCAGGCCGAAAGGAUCGCGCAAGGCCGCAACGCUGAAGAUGGAGGGAGAAGAAACGCUGAAGGAGGAGGGAUCCAGCGGGGUGAGUAGCAAUAGGAAUCCAAGCGAAUUCUUGGGAGUCCAGGGGGGCCCAAUAGAAGUCCAGGCGGCCACAAGAACAAGCACGCAGGUCCGAUCUGGGUCAGAUUGUAUGAUAAAGCCGUACAGUUCAAUUGCUCCUGGCGAUCGAAACUUGAACAACGAGAUACUGAAAAUGAAAGGUGUGAACAAACUACUUGGCUGGAUUAGGCAAUGUAUGUCGGGAUCAGGCUGAGCGAGGCCAGAUUAGCAACAAGGAUUAUCGAAUGUCGAUGACAGAACCCAGCAUAAUCAAAGCACAGGGUGCAUCGAAUCGAAGCACAAGCGAACAUCUGACGGCAACUGCGAUUAUGCAGGAAAGAGGUGGCAUCAGGAGGAAAACACACACAUACGCAUUAGACAAAUGUCACGCUGGGGAAGGCAAGCUGACGGAAAGACGGAGGUGCUGACAGGGCCUCUUUUGGCUUGGCGGCAGCUGCUGCUUCCCUUCAGACAUCGCGACAUAAAUAUCCAGCGUCACAAGAUGCGACGCCAGUGACAUGCUGAAAGGUCGAGGAGCACGUUCUCAAGCUCAAUGACCAUACCUUUAACUCUCCGUCGCGGGACCCGCUGAUAACUGUCUGCCCUGCCCAGUCAACUCUCAUACACUCUAUUGAAUCCGCAUGGCCAUUGAGCGUGACGAUGCACUGGCCACUUGUGGUGUCCCAUAACUUCAGUAGACAAUCCUCAGAACCACUUAAAGCUCUUUGAGACUUCGGGUCGAAUGCCAAGCACCGGACAGGCUCUGUAUGGCCGUCCAAUGUCAGGAGACAUUCUGCCGUCCUCAAAUUCCAAAGCUUGAUCGCCCCAUCGCUUGAACCACUCAACGCUUGCCGGCGGCCCCAAUCCACACCGACACACUUAACGGCGCUCGCGUGACCAGAGAGCACGGCAGCCUGCGACCCGGUCUGCAGAUCCCAGAGCUCGAGCGUGCGGUUGCUGCACGCGCACAGCGCCUGCUGCAGAUUCCAGUUGACCACCACGUGCAUCGCCCAACCGCCCUGUACCGCCAUGCUCUUUUCGCACUGGACGCACGUGGCGUCGCUCGACGCCUGGUCUGCGUCAGCCUCCACCUGCCGAAGCACAGCCGCGGGUAGAAGGCAGAAGGCCGACAUGCUCCACAGCCGCAGGGUGCGAUCGUCCGAGGCGCUGACGACGCCCGAGCCCCCCUGCCAGUCCACGUCCACGCUCCAGAUCCAACCGUCGUGGCCCUGCAGCGUACCGAUGCACUCCAGCUCGUCCAGGUCCCAGCUGCGCAGCGCGCGGUCUGCAGAGCCGGUCACCGCCCGCUUCGACUCCCAAUCCACAGACACGCACGUGACGGACGCCGCGUGCCCCUCGGGCGACACGAGUGGCUCCUCGUCCCUGCCAGUGAGUGCGGUCCCACAGCCGCAGCGUCCCGCUGGUGGACCCGGUGAGCGCGGCAGUCCAGCGCAUCAUUAGCACCUGCUCUGGGGCGGCCCCAUGUUCGACGUCCCCGCGCGCGGUGAUGCUCGAUCGCACCCGGGCGCUCCGAGCCCUGAGGCUCCCGCCGCCUCCGGCAACACAGGAAGGCCAUCUUGGGCUCGCGCCUCAGGAGUCGAAGAGCUUGCCCACGAGUUCAGGCUCCAAUGCGGGGCGGGGAUUCAUCCGUAACCACCGCGCGCACACAGCGGAAUACUAUUCCCGAAGGCCGGCUCUGAUUCGGACCGCCUGGGCAAAAACGGCU